CCGACUCGCAUCUUCCUGCGUCUAGUCCAGUAUUUCCUUGGUAGCCACACAGCAUACACCACCUCCCAUGGCUGAGCCAGCCAAGAAGAUUCUCCCCGUCGAGGGCGAGCGCAAUGUGCUCAUCACCAGCGCCCUUCCCUAUGUCAACAACGUCCCACAUCUGGGCAACAUUGUCGGAUCCGUUCUCUCCGCCGAUGUCUUUGCCCGCUUCUCGCGCGCAAGAGGAUACAACACGCUAUACAUUUGCGGUACAGACGAGUAUGGAACAGCCACAGAGACCAAGGCCAUCGAGGAGAAGGUGACACCAAAAGAGCUUUGCGACAAGUACUAUGCGCUGCAUAGCGAGGUCUACAAGUGGUUCAACAUCUCGUUUGACCACUUUGGACGCACGCCCACACAGCAGCAGACGGACAUUGCACAAGACAUCUUCACAAAGCUGUACAAGAACGGUUACCUCGAGGAGCAAACUACAACACAACCUUACUGUGAGACGCACAAGAGCUUCCUUGCCGAUCGAUUCGUCGAGGGAACAUGUCCGCUGUGCGCAUACGACGACGCACGUGGUGACCAAUGUGACAAGUGCGGACAUCUCCUCGACCCUCUUGAACUGAAGAACCCACGAUGCAAGCUCGACGGCGCAACACCGGUUCCGCGCGAGACCAAGCACGUAUACCUCUGCCUGGACAAGCUGCAGCCGCUGGAGGAGGAGUGGUUCAAGAAGGCGAGCAAAGAGGGCAAUUGGAGUUCGAAUGGUGUUCAGAUUACUUCGUCCUGGCUCAAGGAGGGUUUGCGGCCGCGUGGUAUCACACGAGACUUGAAGUGGGGUACCGCGGUACCGCUCGAGGGUUACGAAGACAAGGUCAUGUAUGUGUGGUUUGACGCCUGCAUAGGUUACGUGUCCAUCACAGCAACCUACACCGAGGACUGGAAGCAGUGGUGGCAUAACCCCGAGCAAGUCAAGCUCUACCAGUUCAUGGGCAAGGACAACGUGCCCUUCCACACGGUCGUUUUCCCCUGCUCGCAGAUUGGCACCAAGGACAAGUGGACCAUGCUCAACACCAUCUCGACAACCGAGUACUUGAACUACGAAAAGGGCAAGUUCUCAAAGUCGAGAAACAUUGGUGUAUUCGGCAACAACGCCAAGGAGACUGGCAUCCCAUCCGAUGUGUGGCGCUACUACCUCCUCUCGCACCGCCCCGAAACCGGCGACACCGAGUUUGAAUGGGACGGCUUCAUUGCUGCCAACAACAACGAACUUCUCAAGAACCUUGGCAACUUCAUCAACCGCGUCAUCAAGUUUGUCAACAACGCAAAGAUUUAUGAUUCGGUUGUUCCUGAUUACACCAAGUUCGACGACGCCUACUUUACCGAGCACAAGAAGAAGGUCAAUGACCUGUUGAAGACGUACAUUGCAGAGCUGGAGGAUGUCAAGAUCCGUGCUGGUCUGGCCACUGUGUUACACGUCUCGAGCUUGGGUAACUUGCUUCUGCAAGACAACCGCCUGGACAACAAGCUGGCCACUGAGCAGCCAGAGCGAUGUGCUGCUGUCGUUGGGCUGGCGCUGAGUCAGAUCCAUCUUCUCGCCAGUUUGAUUCAGCCAUACAUGCCUGAUACAACUGAUUCUAUCCUUUCACAGCUCAACGCAGAGUUCCUCAUUAUUCCGGACACUUGGGGAGCACGUUCACUACCCGUCGGCCACAAGAUUGGUACCGCCGGUUACCUGUUCAGCCAGAUUAAGCCCGAAAAGGAGCAGGAAUGGCGAGAGCAGUUUGGAGGUGAAGAGGCCCGCAAGGCAAAGGAAGAAAAGGCCAAGAAGGCUGCAGCUAAGAAGGCCGAGAAAGAGCGCAAGAAGGCGAAGAAAGCUGCCGGUGGUGUCGAGGGUGCUGAGAAGGGACAAGAUGGACCUGCGCCCAAGACAGCGGAGGAAGAGGUAUCGAGGGGUGUGGAACAAGUCAGUCUACAGACUUCGUAGUUUAAUUGUCUGAGGACAUGGUUGAGAAGGGGGGGGGCUUUUGGCGUUGGCGAUGAUGGUGCUGAGAUUCUUGGGGCAUGGCAGUGAGGCGUUCGCAUUCAACAGUAUGAGGGGUAUUAUCAACAUUGUCCUGAUGAGAAUUUUUUUUGGGGCGCCAGACGGUGGUUGAUGGUAAG